AUGCCUUCAAUCAGUAUGGCCGCCCUCAAGCCGAUUCUUCUCUUCAUCGCCAUCUGGACCAUUGCCCCGAUACAAGUUUGCGCCGCCGAUGCCACCACGACCGCGACCGCAGCCUCUCCCGCAGCUACUCUUGUCCCUUCAUGCGCCAGGGGUUGUUUCCAGUCCUUCCUGGAAGUUCAUGAAUUCGCAGGUUCUUGCGGCACAACGCCGUCAUUAGAUUGCCUCUGUGGGAGGUAUAGCUCUUCGGGCGCUACGAUAGGCGAAGGUGCUGUCCAAUGUAUCGUCGCUGAAGCGGAAACAGGCACAUGCUCCAAAGAUGAUGCGAGCCAGAGCAUAAUAUCGAAAGCUUAUAGUGCAUGUAACGAACAGCCUAAUGCUGUUACACCAACCCUCAGGACCAUUGUCGCGACUUUGGUGACAUUGACGACAGCAAGCCCAACUAACUCUCCCACUCCUACUACUAUGAUAACCUCAUCGAGACCACCGACAGGAACUAACGCCCCAGCAAGCACUCCCACUCCAACGUCUACUCCACAAGAACCUAACAAAUCCUCAGCAGCACUCAAUGGAAGCCAAGUUGCCGGUGUAACUAUCGGCGCAGUUUCAGGUGUUUUUAUCCUUGUGGCCUUCGUCUUCAUAGCGAGAUGUUCCCGAAAGAAGCACUUAAACAAUGUUACUGCAAGGGACAAAAGCGCAUCGCUUGAUACCGAAAGAUCAGCACCUGGCGCUGGUAUGAAUGGUCGCCAGGGUAGCAUGCAAAUUUCAGCCCCUUUACACGUUGCAUCCGGGCCGGCCGCGUGGGCUCCGCAGCCCUACGAGAGUAUGCCCGCUGCUGCUGCUCCACGACUAAGCACUAUUGGCCAGGCGCUGACACCUGCGGGAAAUACGGCCACGCAAGUUGACAACACGACCUCGAACAACCAGCCCACAAGACAUCCCACCCUGACGCCGAGGAGACGAGAGUCGGCCGAAUUCUUUGCUGCUCUUGCGCGCAACGAGCAGCCCGAGCAAGUCCCUCGCCAGCAGUCCUCAAACGGCUUGAAGCCUCAACUCAAUGUUGCCAUUCCUCCAAAUCUCCACGGCACUAACAGGGACAGCCAGGUGACAGAGUUCGCCGAGGAUGGAGAGGAUAUGGAUCCGGAGACGGCAGGCGGAAACAUCUGGCGCCCACCGCCGACGGAUCCUACCUCGGCAUCCACUUAUUAUGUAGCCGACAAAUGGGGAAACUGGCGACGAAAGUCAGUCUCGACCCGGGAGCCAAACACAACAUACGGAAAUAUGCCGCCACCCAGGUCCGCGUCUUCGGCCACAGUGCCUCCAUUGAAGCUUGGAAAGAAACCGUCAGGACAAGGCGACGGCAGCCCAAGUGCCGCCUCGAGCGUUUACUCGGUCUUUACCCCGCCGCAAUCCGAGUACCCAGGGGCUGAUAACCCAAUGCCGCCGCUGCCUCCCUUUCCAAAGUCAUCAUACGCCAAGAUGUUGGAGAUGAACAGGGCCCUAGAGGCGAACAGCCAUGGCCCCAUGCUUCAGCGCAAUGCCUCAACAGCCAGCAACGGCCCUAUUGGCGCUCGCAGUGCCUGGCCUAAAUCCGUGCCAAGAGACUCUCAGACUACUACAACAACUAUCGCGGACGAUGACGAUUUGACAUCUCCGAACCAUGGGAACAGCAUGGUGAUGCCGGCGACAGCAGACGGUAUCAGGAAGAUGCUGGGAGGUGGCUCUUCGGCACCCCCGGGGUCAACAAUCCCGCCGCCUGCUUCCUACAACAUGCCCAAUAGCACCCGUUAUCCCCAAGCCGGAUCUAGUCCAGUUCGUCCUUCAUCAAGCCACUCCUGGACAUCAGCAGCCACCAACUGGCAAAAUGAAGAGUGCAGUCCCCUGAGUCCUAUCCUUGGACGCAUGCCCCAACAACCCCCGCAAGGAGCAUCAGCGCAAGCCCGCGCCAAUGUACCCGAACCGCAUUUGCUAUCACCACCGAUGCCGUCACAGCCGCGGAUGCCUACAACUACUGUAUCCUCGAACACCACCGGUCGCAGCCUGACGCGCCCGGGGAACACAAUGACGACGCCGGGACCCGGUAUGAACGAGGAGCCAGCCGUAUUCCCAGCAUUCCCGCCAUCCCCGGAUAGCUUCCGCUCAACCGGCAGCGGACUGCUCGCGAAGCGGCUGGGCGCCGAGCGUGCGGCCGGCUUGAGCCUCGAGAUGGAGGUGCAGCCGGCGACUCGGGCCCACUGGAUGCGGCAGCUGUCGCCGUCGUCGCCAUCUUCAGAUCCGGCGGCCGGCCUGCCGUUGCCUGUAACACCAGGGUGGGAGCCCAAGCUUACUCCGACGCGGCGGGGCGAUGACCUGUUUCUCAAGGUUGCGUGA